AUGGCCGAAGGCGCAGCGGACAAUGACACCUGGCGGCAAGAAGCCGUGCAAAUGCAAAAAGAUAACCCCGAGCUGACGACGGCUCAGAUCGCAGAGAAGAAGAAAGGGGAGUUGGUGAAGCCUGAGAAGGGCUCAGGUGGGUAUUCAAAGGAGGCCAGACAUGAGAGUCCUGUCCAGUCCUCUGUGAAAGAUUUACCCUACCGGAUAGCACCUAUUCCUGGAAAAGGCUUAGGACUGAUAGCAACUCGCCAGAUCUCCCGGGGGGAGCUGAUUGUGGAGGAAAGCCCCGUGCUGAUGGAAAGGCAAGGCUUCAUGGGAUUCAGCCAAAUCCAGGAGCAGUUUGAUCAACUGGAAGCUUCAGUGCAGGAUCAGAUUAUGGAUUUACAUGACAAGAAUGCGCCUGAUGGAAAUGGAAAGACCCUCUUGGGAGGGGUUGGCUCCAGCAAUGGAGCACUCUGUCUUGUGAUCAGUCGAGCUAAUCACUCGUGCAUCAACAAUUGCUACCAUGGGUGGGUGGAUGGACGUGAAAGGCUCUUCUGUGAUGCCGACAUAGCCAGUGGCGAAGAGAUCUGCACGAACUACAUCCAAUGGCAUUUGACCACAGACCAACGGCAGCGUGAAUUGCAAACCCAAUUUGGCUUCGCAUGUGAUUGUCCUGCUUGCAUGCAAGCAGAAUCCCUCCAAAAGAAACAUGAUGCUAUUCGUCUGAAGAUCGGGCAGCUGGACCAAAGCAUUCCUGAACUUUAUCCGAUGCCCAGCAAAGCAGUAGCUUUGGUGGAGCAGGUGCUAUCAUUGUAUGAAAAACUGGGCAGACCUAUCCCCUAUGUGGCUGAAGUGCGGCACUGCUACGAUGCCUUUCAGCUGUCGCUCUCAGAGAGGAACAUCCCAGCAGCCAAAAGAUGGAUCCAACGGGCAUAUGCUGCGAGUCUGAUCACAGACGGGCCAAGUUCUCCUCAAGCUUUGAGGUUCGAACGCUUUGUGAAAAAUCCCUUGAGCAGGUUGCAAGAUGGGCUGUGCAUAUAA